GACUCCUUGUCUCUCAGCGGAAUAUGUUUUGUUUCUGUGAAUAAACUUGGACUAUAACAAAAAUGCUGCGGGUCAUUGUUGAGUCCGCCAGCGGGAUCCCCAAAAAGAAACUUGGAAACCCAGAUCCAAUUGCUGCGGUUGUUUUCAGAGGUGAAAAGAAGAAAACCAAAGCGAUUGACAAUGAGUUGAAUCCUGUUUGGAAUGAAGUGCUUGAAUUUGAUCUGAAAGGCUCUCCCUUGGAUGCAUCCUCAUUUAUCAAUGUGGUGGUGAAAGACUAUGAAACAAUCGGCAAAGAUAAAUUUAUUGGCUCAACAAAAAUCUCUCUGAGAGACUUGGCCAGUGGCCAAGUGAAAUCCCUCCCAUCCAAGAAUUUGCCUUUGAUCAACGAGAAGCAACAGGCUGUUGGGGCAACCAUUAAUUUAGUCAUCGGAUAUGAGCCACCUGCCAAUACCACUCCAAACCUAAAUGAGCAGCCUGAUGGAAACAUGUCUCAUGUGGAUGCAGAAGGCAGUGAUGAGGGUGAUGAGGGGGAGGCAGACAUGGACGGAGGAGUUCAGGGUGGGAGUCCAGGAGCUCCCACUUCGCCCAACCAGCCUGGGAAACCCGGCCACAAACCGGUCCGUCUCAGCCGUAAGAGACAUAGAGCCCUUGCCAAUAAGCCUCAGGACUUCCAGAUCCGUGUUCGGGUUAUCGAGGGUCGACAGCUACCUGGCAACAACAUCAAGCCAGUGGUGAAGGUACACGCAUGCGGACAGACGCACAGGACUAGAAUAAGAAGAGGAAAUAACCCAUUCUUUGAUGAGAUGUUUUUCUACAAUGUUAACAUGCUUCCCUCAGAGCUGUUUGACGAGAGCAUCGGUCUUCGGGUUUAUGACUCCUUCUCCCUCAGAGCUGACAGUCUAAUGGGGGAGUUCAAGUUGGAUGUUGGCUACGUCUAUGAUGAACCAGGUCAUGCCAUAAUGAGGAAGUGGCUCCUCCUGAGCGAUCCUGAUGACUCCAGCUCAGGGGCCAGGGGUUACCUUAAAGUCAGCAUAUUUGUUAUGGGCACUGGAGAUGAGCCGCCGUCUGAAAGGAGAGAGAUAAGUGAGGAGCAGGAUGACAUAGAAAGCAAUCUUUUGGUGCCAGCUGGGGUCACAAUGCGAUGGGCCACUCUGAGCCUUAAAGUCUACCGUGCUGAGGAUAUGCCACAGAUGGAUGAUGCCUUUGUUCAGUCGGUAAAGCAAGUCUUUGGAGGGGAAGGAGACCGGAAAAACUUGGUGGAUCCAUAUUUGGAAGUCAGCUUUGCUGGGAAGAAGCUGUGUACCAAAAUCAUUGAGAAAAAUGCAAAUCCAGAGUGGAAUCAACUCCUCAAUCUCCAAGUCAAGUUCCCGUCCAUGUGUGAGUGCAUAAAGCUGACUAUGUAUGACUGGGAUCGUAUAAGCAAAGACGAUGCUAUAGGAACAACAUUUCUGAAUCUGAGCAAAAUGUCCUCCUCUGGUGGAGAGAUUGAAGACACACGGGCUGAAAUUUACAACACAGUGUCUGAAUUGAGCACACCAGCAUCAGAGGUUGGUUUUCUCCCAGCUUUUGGGCCUUGCUAUGUCAACCUGUAUGGUAGCCCAAGAGAAUUCACUGGCCUGCCUGACCCAUAUGAGGAACUCAACUUUGGCAAGGGUGAAGGGGUUGCAUACAGGGGUAGGGUCCUUGUUGAGCUGUCCACUCAGCUGGAUGGAAAGAUUGACAAAAAUAUUGAUGACAUCUCCAGUGAUGACAUCUUGGUGGCACAGAAAUACCAGCGGAGGAGGAAGUACUCUCUGUGCGCUGUAUUCCACAGUGCAUGCAUGCUCCAAGAGCCUGGCGAGCCGAUUCAGUUUGAAGUCAGCAUUGGUAACUAUGGCAACAAGCUGGACUCCACCUGCAAGCCCCUGGCGUCCACCACCCAGUACAGCUUUGCUGUGUUUGAUGGUAAUCACUACUAUUACCUGCCCUGGGCCGACACCAAGCCUGUAGUGAUUCUCACUUCAUACUGGGAGGAUAUCAGCCACCGUCUGGACUCUGUCAAUGUUCUUCUCUCCAUUGCUGACAGACUGGAGUCCCACCUGACGUCUUUAAAAACAGCCAUCUUAGCCAAAGUGUCUGAGACACGCCUGGCAGAGAUUUGGCUCAAACUCAUCAACCACCUGAUUGAGGAUCUUAGCAGUGUCCAGCUUCCAGUGCUGGAGAGCCAGCCCAACGUGACUGCACUGGACCUCCAAAUGAAAAACUUCCAUGAUGCCGCCAUAGAUGGUAUCAGGCAGAUGGCCACUCACAUGAGAGAGGAGGCCACAGAUGUUAAGGCUACUGUCGGUGACAUUGAAGACUGGUUGGACAGAAUCAAGCAGCUGACAGAAGAGCCUCAGAACAGCAUGCCAGAUGUGAUCAUCUGGAUGUUGAAAAGAGAGAAGCGGGUGGCGUAUGCCCGAGUCCCAGCCAACCAGAUCCUGUUCUCUAACUUCAGCGAACAGGCCUGUGGCAAACACUGCGGAAGGACCCAGACCAUUUUCAUGCAGUACCCCAUGGACAAAAACAAAGGCGUGAAGAUCCCUGUUCAACUGCGGGUCAACAUGUGGUUCGGUCUCUCUGCCCAUGAGAAGAAGUUUAACAGCUUUUCAGAGGGGAACUUCAGCGUGUAUGCUGAAAUGUAUGAGAACCAGGCUCAGGUGUUUGGAAAGUGGGGGACCACCGGACUGGUCGGUCGCCAUAAGUUCUCAGAUGUGACUGGAAAAGUGAAACUCAAACAAGAACGCUUUCUGCCACCACGUGGAUGGGAAUGGGAGGGAGACUGGUUUGUUGACCCUCAGCGAUGCCUGUUAACAGAAGCAGAUGCGGGCCACACCGAGUUUACAGAUGAAGUUUUUCAGAAUGAAACACGUUUUCCUGGUGGAGAGUGGAAGCCUGCUGCAGAACCCUAUACAGACGUGAAUGGAGAAAAGGCUCCGAGCCCUGCAGAGUUUGAGUGUCCUGUUGGAUGGGUAUGGGAGGAUGAGUGGAGCUUUGACAGCAACAAAGCUGUAGAUGAGAGAGGCUGGGAAUACGGGGUUACCAUUCCUCCUGACGACAAGCCCAAAUCCUGGGUCGCAGCAGAGAAGAUGUACCAUGUCCAUCGCAGGAAGAGACUCAUAAGACCGAGAAGGAAGAUAUCUGACAAAGCGGCCGUUGCUGAGCGACGAGAACUGGGAGAGGGCUGGGAAUACUCUUCCCUGAUUGGCUGGAAAUUCCACAGAAAGGAGCGCUCCUCUGACACGUUCCGCCGCCGCUGCUGGAGGAGAAAGAUGGUCCCAUCGGACUGCAUUGGGGCCUCUGCCAUCUUCGGACUGGAAGGGGCAUUAGGUGUUGAUGUUGAUGAGAAGGCCAGCAAAACGGGUGCAGCCAAAGUAUUUGGUGCCAACACACCCACUGUUUCCUGCCACUUUAGCCGGUCUUACAUUUACCACCUGAGGGUGUAUGUGUAUCAGGCGAGGAAUCUCUGUGCCAUGGACAAAGACAGCUUCUCGGAUCCCUAUGCUCAUGUGUCAUUCCUACAUGUGAGUAAGACCACAGAAGUCAUAAGGGCCACUCUGAACCCCACAUGGGAUCAGACUCUCAUAUUUGAGGACAUUGAAAUCUACGGAGAUCCACAGACAAUUGUCCACAACCCCCCUGAUGUGGUUCUGGAGCUGUAUGACAGCGAUCAAGUGGGUAAAGAUGAGCCCAUGGGUCGCUGUACAUGCCCCCCUGUGGUAAAACUGAACCCCAGCAUGGAUAUCACCCCUAAGCUCCUAUGGUUCCCAAUCACCAGGAAGGGUCGCAGUGCUGGGGAGGCACUGCUUGCUGCUGAGCUCCUACUUAAGGACAAGGCGAAUGACGGAGAUCUGCCCCUGGUUCCUCCUCGGCGUGGGGAGAGGCUCUACAUGGUUCCCCAGGGAAUCAGACCUGUGGUGCAACUCACUGCGAUUGAGGUCUUGACUUGGGGUUUGAGGAACAUGAAGACCUACCAGUUGGCCACAGUUUCCUCUCCCAGUUUGAUAGUGGAAUGUGGUGGUGAGAUUGUUCAAACUGCUGUAAUCAAGAACUUCAAAAAGAACCCAAACUUCCCCGGAUCUGUGCUGCUACUCAAAGUGCUUCUUCCCAAAGAGGAAAUGUACACCCCUCCCAUUGUGCUGAAAGUAAUCGACCACCGUCCCUUCGGUAGGAAACCUGUCGUGGGUCAGUGCACCAUCGACUGCCUGGAUGAGUUCCGCUGCGAUCCGUAUCGCAUUAACAAUGAAGUCUGCAUGUCUGCCAGAAUGGCAAUGAUAGCUGCUGCCCAGGGAGAUGUUGUCAUAGACAUUGAGGAGAGACCCAUUGUGAAAAGCGAGCAGCUUGAAGCAGAGAAGGAGGUGGAGGCAGUAGACUGGUGGAGUAAGUUCUUUGCCUCUGUUGGGGAGCAGGAGAAGUGCAGGCCCUACUUGAAAAAGGGAUACGACACAUUACAGGUAUUUAACUGUGAACUAGAAGAGGUUGAAGAGUUCCAGGGACUCACUGAUUUCUGCAGCACUUUUAAACUUCAGCGCGGAAAGAAUGAAGAUGAGGAAGAGGAUCCCUCUGUGGUUGGAGAGUUCAAGGGAUCAUUCAAGAUUUACCCACUGCCUGAUGACCCAGGGGUGCCAGCUCCACCUCGCCAGUUCAGAGAGCUUCCUGAGAGCGGACCUCAGGAGUGCCUGGUCAGAAUAUACAUUGUCCGAGGUAUUGAUUUGCAGCCUAAGGACACAAAUGGCAUGUGUGACCCAUACAUUAAGAUUACUCUGGGGAGGAAAACACUGGAUGACAGAGAUAACUACAGACCCAACACCCUUAAUCCAGAGUUUGGGAGGAUGUUUGAGCUGUCCUGCUUCCUGCCUCAAGACAAGGACCUGAAGAUUGCUGUGUAUGACUAUGACCUACUGAGCAGAGAUGAAAAAGUGGGUGAGACAGUCAUCGAUUUGGAGAACAGACUCCUGUCUCGUUUCAGGUCCUGCUGUGGCCUGCCACAGACUUACUGUGUGUCAGGGAUCAACCAGUGGAGAGACCAGCUGAAACCUACUCAGAUCCUCCAGAAUGUGGCCAAAGUGAGGGGUGUUCCUCCUCCACGCAUAGAGGGAGACGGCAGCUCACUGACUUUCUCAGGGAAACAAUACAACCUGUGUGAUUUUGAGGCAAACACUGUGAUCCACCCGCACUUGGGCCCAGACAGAGAAAGGCUGGCCCUGCAUGUCCUCAGAACCCUGGGCUUGGUACCAGAGCACGUGGAGACCAGAACCCUGUGUAGCUCCCACCAACCCAACCUGUCCCAGGGACAAAUUCAAAUGUGGGUAGACAUUUUCCCCAAGAGCCUCGGUUUGCCAGGGCCUCCAUGUGACAUCACUCCACGCAAAGCCAAGAAAUACUUCUUGCGGGCCAUCAUUUGGAACACAACUGAUGUCACUCUGGACGAAACAAGCAUCACUGGGGAAAACAUGAGUGACAUCUAUGUUAAAGGAUGGAUGCCAGGAAUGGAGGAGGACAAGCAGAAGACAGAUGUCCAUUACAGAUCCUUGGAUGGUGAUGGAAAUUUCAACUGGAGGUUCAUCUUUGGGUUCGACUAUCUGCCUGCAGAACAGCUGUGUGUCAUCUCGAAGAAAGAGCACUUUUGGAAUCUGGACAAAACUGAAUUCAGGACUCCUCCUAAACUGACCAUCCAGAUAUGGGACAAUGACAAAUUCUCCCUGGAUGACUACUUAGGUUCAGUUGAGCUGGACCUACUCACUCUGAUCCCCCCUGCUAAGACCCCAGAGAAAUGCAGCCUGAAGAUGUUGCCAGGGAUGGGGGGCUCAGCCUCCUCCAAAAAACCACCACCCAACUCACUCUUCUCCCAGAAGUCUGUACGAGGCUGGUGGCCAUGUGCGAUCGAGCAGGAUGGGAAACACGUGCUUGGUGGCAAAGUAGAGAUGACCUUGGAAAUAGUGGAGGAGAAGGAGAUGGAGGAGAGACCUGCUGGGAAGGGCAGAGAUGAGCCCAACAUGAAUCCCAAACUGGACCCACCCAACCGUCCUGACACGUCAUUCUUCUGGUUUACAAACCCUUGCAAGACCAUGAAGUUCAUAGUUUGGCGCAGAUUCAAAUGGAUUUUCAUUGGAGUGAUUAUUCUUCUGCUGGUGUUGUUGUUCCUCGGGAUCCUGUUCUACUCCCUACCUAAUUACAUCUCAAUGAAGAUUGUGAAGCCUUUCUCCUAAGGAAUUUUGCAGAGAAGCUGUCUGUCCUCCUGCAGCAGAAUCUCCAGUACUCUUCACUGUUACUGUCCCUCAGAAAUAUGCAAUAACUUUUUCUGCCUUUGCAGGCUGAUAUCCAUCACUUUCCUCUCACAUAAUCAGAAAUGUCUGUUUUUAAUUUUUGCACUCUCAGUAUUACCUGUACUGUAUCUCUUGUAUAGCAAAUAAUCUCUCCUAUGAUUGAAGGGUGGUUAGGAAAAAAAUCAAGAAUAAGAUAUUAAUAAAAAUUUAUAUAAAGAAA